AUGGAUCAGGCUGCCGCAAAGAAGGUUCUGCAAGACCUCAUAAAGUCGGACAACCGUCUUUGCUGCGACUGUGGCAACCCGAAUCCACAGUGGGCCUCUCUUGGUUUCGCCGUGUUCUUGUGUCUCCAAUGUGCUGGGACGCACAGAGGGUUCGGCGUGCAUAUUAGCUUUGUCCGUUCGGUGUCUAUGGAUGCCUGGCAGCCGGACCAGCUCAAGAGAAUGCAGAUCGGCGGCAAUGCUGCAUUCAAACAGUUCAUGAAAUCCUACGAGCCCGCAGAGCAGGGAGGCUACAAGGAGAACAACUCUGCAUACGACAUUUAUCAUUGUUGGGCGGCCUCACAAUAUCGCGAGAAGCUCGACGCCGAAAUCGCAGGCAAAUCCUGGGCCCCAUCAGCACCCCCACCCCCGACAUUGCCGAGCAAUGAUUCCGCUGCCGCUGGUCUUCGCAAAUCAAGGGCGUCUGCUCGCUCCGCCACCGGGUCCUCUUUGCGUGGCGAUUCCGCUUCCCCAGCCUCCUUCGGUUCCGGUCGCCAAACACCCGACCUCGGUGCGAACGGUCCCGCCGACCAAAAAUCCGCCAACGAAUCAUAUUUCGCGAAUCUCGGUGCUGCCAAUGCUGCACGUUCAGCUGAUUUGCCUCCUUCUCAAGGUGGCCGCUACGCUGGAUUUGGCAGCACUCCCUCGCCCGCGCCGAGCCAACACCCUUCAUAUGGCAUGUCUUCUGCCGCCGCUCCAUCACUUGCCGAACUCCAGGAAAACCCCGUUGCUGCACUGAGCAAGGGGUGGUCUCUCUUCUCCGCUGCUGUCGUGGGUGCAUCACGCGCCGUCUCAGAGAACGUCAUUCAGCCAGGCAUGGAGAAGAUGCGCGACCCAAAUCUCCAGGCAAACGUGAUGGGUUACGUCUCCGAGGCCCAGAAGCGCGCUGCGGCCGUUGGCGGAGCCGCCAACCAGUGGUCGAAGAAUCAAUUUGGUGUAGAUGUUGCGGAGAGCGUGGGUGGCGCGAUGGGUGCUGUGCGUGACCGUGUCGGCCCGUCCCCGUCGCAGCAGGGAUAUGGCUCUGUGGGUGGGUAUGAUGGGGAAUCAACGUCGCUUUACCAUGAUGACGACGAUGAUCUGUUCUCGGAGUACAAAGGGUAUGACCAACCUCAGUCGUUGUCUGCCUCGACUGCCCCUGCCUCUUCGAGUGGUAUGAAGCCAGCCGCCCCGGCUAAAAAGGACAACGAUUGGGACGAUGAGUGGAAGGAUUUCUAG